GCAGGAAUGCUAGAUGUCAGCAUAUUCCAAAUAAAUGCAACACUCAAUCUUCAGUCUCGUUACCGAGGAGACAGCUGCUUUUCAGCAAGGAUAAUUUUGUCACUUAAGAAAAACAAAUUAUCAUUAGUGGGGGGUUCUUCCAGAUUUCGGUAGAAAUUGAUUACAGUUUGACAGCACUGUUGUUCAGCUUGGUUUUGUCUUUCUAAUGGUGGCUGGCUGUAGAAGCAGGUCCACAGAAGAAACAUGAAAGUUUAUCUGUUGUCUUCUCUUCUGCUCUGCCCAGCCCUAUUACCAGUGAUAUUAAUAAAUGGUUUAGGAAGGGCUUUCUGGCUCUUUACAAAGUCAGUGCUGAUGGGUCUGAUGGUCUGUUUUUAGGCAAGUUUUUUCAAAAUACAUGUCCUAAAGCUUCUGGGUUUGGCUUUUGGUUUGGUGUUUUUCCACUUGUCAAAAAUGUUUAUAGGUCUUGUGUGACAUGAAAUACAACGAAUGCAGUGAAGUAAUCAAGUGUAGUAUUGCGAGUUGUAACUGUUCUAAAUAUCUGGGUGCAAAAAUCACUUCAAAGGCUGAAGUGUUUUGUUCAGGUGAUGGAAGACAUGUGGUGCUGUGUGUUGUUCAGUGUCUUGCAUCUGCAGACUCCCCACUGAGUUCAGCUAUGUAAAUCAAAGUGAAAUGGCCCCUGUGCCGGUGUAACCUGUGUGUUCUGCUCUCAACUGUGUCUCCCUGUGGAAGGGAUCUUGCCUGUACAGGUAUGCAGCGUUUGCACCUUUUAGACUUCAAAUUUGAAUUGCUGAUCUGCAAAGCCUUCUUUGACUGUUUCAGCUCCCUGAUGGCUUGUGUACAUUUGCGUCCAUCUGUUAGAGUCCUAGUAGGUCCUUUCUGUAGACCGUAACAGGGGAAUCUCUGCCACUGAGGGUUUACGAUCUUGUGGAGAUUACACUUGUCAGUGAGCAUUUGUGAAAAUGAAGAACUUGAGGAUUUGGAAGGAUGUAAUUUCCUUUGCUGCUUACCAGGAUCUGACUUAAUUUUCGUUCUCAAACUCCGCUUGAGGUAAGAUUAAGACUAUGGACCGCUACAGGAAGGCUUUAAAUGUUUAAAUAAUACAGUUGCUGAUUGAAAUGUUAAUGCAGAAUGGCUUUGGGAAGGGAUUCGGUUUCAUGAGUAGACCCUGAGGUCUUCCUCCCACCUAUGGCCUCUCUGGUGGGGUGGAGUGUCACCCUCACCCCUUCCCAUUGGCCCAGCGUGUUUGUCCAGGUGUCUGCCUCUUCCAUAAAAGACAGGGAUUGCUGGACCCGGCACGCAUUUGGCAAAUGCUGCAGAAAAGAAAAAUGACACAACGUGCUUAUUUGGUUGUUUUACUUUUGUGUCUCGGAUUAAUGUGUCCUCUUGUAACUGGAAUUUUUAUGGACAAGCUCGCCAGCAAGAAACUCUGUGCUGAUGACAACUGUGUCUACACCAUUUCCCUUGCCAGAGCAGAAGAGGAUUAUAAUGCUCCAGACUGCAGAUUCAUUAAUAUUAAAAAAGGGCAGUUGAUUUACGUUUACUCAAAACUAGUGAAAGAAAAAGACUCUGGAGAAUUCUGGGCUGGAAGUGUUUAUGGAGAACAGUAUGAAGACCAUAUGGGGACAGUUGGUUAUUUCCCUAGCAGUUUAGUCUCAGAACAACAUGUCUAUCAAGAAGCAAAUAAGACUGUUCCUACAACGGUAAGGAAUUUGCAAAAGCCCAGCUGGCUGCAUAAUUAUACUUGGCUGUUUAAUGCUAAUUUGCUGUAAAAACAAAUCAUAAUUGUGGCAGUUGAUUGUAGCAUAUCACAGAUGCUAUGGGAUCCAAUCUUUGGGCCUUUAUACAGUCAAAUAGCCUCAAUAAAAUCCUUAACAUAAGCUCUGAUAUUGCAGACAUUGCAAAUGCUGCAUUAAGGGCCUGAUCCUAUUAGAGUUCCUGUUUCCUAUUGAUUUGAGUAGCAUUCCUUCAAGGCCACAUAAGUUUUACCCAAAGCUUUCUUUUUCCAGAGCCAGGAUAUUGUGCUGCAUGCUUUAGUAAAGUGUACAAGUGCGUUUUCUGUUAAUUGUAUGUAUAGGUGGGCACUGUCAUACAGAACUUCUGAUUUACGGAAAGCAUGCUGGCUUUCUCGUAACAAAGUUAUUGGUAUGUCAAAAAACUGAAUUAA